AUGACGUUUCGUCUCCUCUUUACUCCACUCCUUCUCGUGCCCGUGUUCUAUGGAUACAAGGCAGCAAGUGCUGGCACAACGGGAGCAGCAGCACAAGUGCUGCCGAAAACCGCGGAUACUGGAUCAAAGAUAACAGCUGCCACGCUGUGGAACGAAAUCUGCCAAAUAAUAAUGAAGGAAGCAGAGGAAAGCACUGAAGCUGAACAGUUAAAGGGAAAAUUUGCGUACUACCCCGGCAACAAGGACUGCAAAGCAGCAGUGCAGUACUGGAAGGACGGGUUUUCGUUCUUUAAAAACGAGCUGCCCCCGAAGUACACAGUGUCGGAUACCCCCGAAGUGUACAGCCACAAAGCCGUUUCCUUUGUCGCCCUCUAUAACCCUCAGGCAAAGCCUGUAGUCAGCUGCGCCUUCGUCACCUGCACAAAAGCAGCUGCGUCUACUGCCCCAGAUAUCUCAAGAAGCCAGAAAGAGCGCUCACCAAGAAGGCUUCAAGGUUCACAGGAAACUCAUAAUGCUGUUAUAUGCUUAACGAAUCCGGAAGCGCUAACUGAGGGGCGAGCGCCAUUCAAGGAAGAGGAGUGGCACAAGAUUGCUCAAGCCAUUGUUGGUACUAAGGAGGGCAGCGUAGUUUCACUCGUCAGGCCUUCAUUGGCAGUUGGAUUCAUAAUGAUGCUUUUUGCCUACGGCCUUUUUUAA